UCUAUGAUCAUAUGCUAUGCUCAUAAUGGGGCUCCUAACAAGGCACUGGAUCUUUUCAAUGAGAUGAUGCAUAUGGGUGUUGAGCCUAACUCUGUUAGCUGCAUCACUGCUUUGCAAGCGUGCGAAGCUACUGGAAAUCUAGUAAAGGGUAGAAAGAUCCACAAACUUGCAGUCCAGAAAGGGUUUGUGUCGUCCGAUAUCUUUGUGCCCACAGCGUUGAUUGACAUGUACAUGAACUGCAGCUGCCCAAGUGAAGCAUUAAUGGUUUUUGAGAACAUGCCUAAGAAAGAUGCUGUUUCUUGGUGUGCCGUGUUACAUGGGUGUGUUCGAAACGGAAUGGCAUGUGCUUCGCUUGCAAUUUUUCGUGACAUGAGGACUCUCGGUGGCAUCCAGCCUGAAGCCAAUGCUAUGGCUGGUGUUCUGGCAGCCUGUUCAGAUACGGGGAUUCUCCAACAAGCCCUAUGUCUUCAUGGUUGUAUAAUCAAAAGCGGGUUUGAGAAUGAUCGUUUCGUUGGGGCAUCACUUAUAGAGUGUUAUGCAAAAUGUGGUAGCUUAAGUGAUGCCAUCAACAUUUUUGAGGAAAUGAAGGUAGAAGACAAAGACAUUGUCAUUUGGAGUUCCAUGCUUGCGGCAUAUGGGAUUCAUGGAAAAGUGAAUGAGUCUAUCGGUAUAUUCUCUCAAAUGAUCAGAAGUUCAGCCACAAUUAGGCCCACUGCUGUCACCUUUCUCUCAAUUUUAGGUGUCUGUAGUCACACCGGUCUGGUUAAGGAGGGCAUCGAAUUCUUCAAAGCGAUGGUGCAUGACUAUGCACUGAUUCCAGAGUGGAAGCAUUAUUCCAUACUGGUUGAUCUUCUGGGACGUACGGGGGAAUUGGAUGAGUCCAUCAUCAGCAUCAUUGAUGGAAUGAUAGAUCAAGGUUUAAGAGCAGAUGCCGCGUGGGGAGCUUUGCUUGCUGCCUCUAGGACAUAUCAAAAUGCAGAGUUGGGACGAAUUGCAACGAGGAAUCUUUUCCGGUUGGAUCCUGAUAAUGCAGGAUAUUACCUUCUGUUAUCAAACAUCUAUGCAGCAGAUGGAGACUGGGAUGGUGCUAAUGAACUGAGAAAUUCAAUGAAAGAGAGAGGGAUGAAAAAGAUGCCUGCUGUAAGUUUUGUAUUGCUAAAUAAUUGAGGCCAUCUACCCAUAUGUGGUAACUUCCUUGAAAUGACAAAGUCACAAAGUGCCUAUCACAGAAGACAAGGAGUAUGUGGUGAAAGUUGAAAAUGGCGUUUCUAGAAAGUGACAUGGAAUAACAUGCCAUGACUAUAAACUGUGCAAAAGGAAACUCACUCUCAUGUAAAGUGCCACAUUUACAUGGUUGAAGUGGAAUAACUAACCAUGAUACACCUCCAUGAUACACCUUAUGGCAUUGCCCUUCAACUGUUCGGAGAAAUUCCCAGCAGGAGGACGAGCUGCAUCCUUCAGCGUUAUUGUAGAGAAAAACGAUACGAAGAUGCGUUGUCUAUCUUUCCCUGUUCCUUUUAUUGUCAAAAGACUCAUUCUUUCACCGUGUGUAGUGGAUUGAAAGAAACUUAACAACAACAACAACAACAACCCAGUUAAAUCCCACAAGAGUAGGGUCUGGGGAGGGUGUGUGUACGCAGACCUUGCCCCUACUCGAAAGUAGAGAGGCUGUUUCCAAAGAGACCCCCGGCUCAACGUCGAAAGUUGCAUUGCUUGACUAACUGCUACUUCAUUAAUUAAAGAAGCGCAAAUAGUUUAGAUAUCCAUUUUGAUUUAUUCCAUCACACCCCAAAGCCAAAAAUAGGUGAGAUUUUGGCUCCAUCGGAGAUGAUGGAAAAGAUUGAAAGAAACUUAACAACAACAACAACAACAACCCAGUUAAAUCCCACAAGAGUAGGGUCUGGGGAGGGUGUGUGUACGCAGACCUUGCCCCUACUCGAAAGUAGAGAGGCUGUUUCCAAAGAGACCCCCGGCUCAACGUCGAAAGUUGCAUUGCUUGACUAACUGCUACUUCAUUAAUUAAAGAAGCGCAAAUAGUUUAGAUAUCCAUUUUGAUUUAUUCCAUCACACCCCAAAGCCAAAAAUAGGUGAGAUUUUGGCUCCAUCGGAGAUGAUGGAAAAGAUUGAAAGAAACUUGGUGUGCUUAAUUCAAACCUGUUUAUUGGGAGAUGCUCUGCGAGUUUUUGAGGAAUUCCACAACCCAGGCAUUGUCUUGUCCACAGAAAGGAAGAGUGAUGAAAAAGAUACCUGCUGGAAGUGUUGUGUUGUUGAAUAAUAAUCGAGGCUAUCUUCCUUCUCCUGUAUGAAUAGCUCCAAAUGGUAGCUAUUGUAGUGUAGUGUUUGAGCUGCAGCAGAUUAUUUUUCCAAAAAUAUCCUCCUACACUUUUUAAUAAUAAUAAUAAUAAACUUUAUUUUUCUUUCCUAAAUGUAUAUCCCCUACCUGUGGUGGCUUACAAGAAAUGACAAAGUCACAAAGUGCCUUUCACGGAUGACACGGAAUAUGCGGUGUCUUGUAAAGAUGAAAAUGGCAUAUCUUCUACAAAGAGACCAAGAAUAAAAUGAUAUGAUUAUA